AUGGGGCCUUACGUGACCACCCUGCGGCUGAAAGAUCGUGCCAUCACAGGAAACCUGCGGCCACAAGCUCUAACGAUCGCUGUUCGGGGUUGCCCGUUCCUUAGUAAUAUCGACUUAUCCGGUGCGACGAUCCGUCCUCCCGCGAUUCGCGAUUUAACGCCGACUGCGGGUACUCUCCGAACAUUAUCGUUGGGACACUGUCAAGGGCACUUGGACCCGGAGUUGGCUCGGUUGUUCGGGGCGGCGACGCAGCUCCUGGACUUCGAGGCAACCGCCACGGAGUUCCAGGGGAAGUCGCUGCGUCGAAUAGCUCCGUCACUCCGGACCUUGCGCCUGUGGCAGUGCCCUUCUGUACUAGCCGAACCAUUGUCUGAUACGCUAAAGGGACUCCUCUCACUCGUCAACCUCGAGCUGACUCACUGCGACGGUCUAACAUCAGAUCAGCCCCUCCAGCAACUGAUUGCGAAUCGAAAUUUGCACCGAACCUUGGAAGACCUACGUAUUACGGGAGUGAGCUUUGACCCAAUAAUGUUGGAUCCUGAAUUGGCAGAUGUAGAGGUUCCAGAGGAUCUACAGGCUCCCUACGUGGAAUUGAACAUCGGGCCGGCCAACGCGGGGACCUCACUGGCGGAGGCCUUCACGCAAUUGCAUACCUUGCAUUUGCGAUUCUGUGGAUGGGUAUCUAAUUCUCUAGUGAUACAAGUUGGAGAGCAUUCCAAGACCUUAGAAUACCUGGACAUCUCGGGCUGCUCAAACGUUCGAGGGCAGUUCGCCCUGGAGCCUUUGGCAGCCUUACCGCGCCUGAAAGAAUUACAUUUAUGCAAUCUUCACCCCUCGGUGGGGAUUCAGGCAUUGGGAUCCGUGACCACCCUGGAGGAAGUCCAGUGUCGGGACUCGGCGGGGGUAACCGACGAGGAUGUUUGCCAAAUAAUAGAAGGAUGCCCACUCUUAUCAAGAUUCAACGUGGAGGGAUGUCAGGGCGUAACCCAGCAGUCUGUCGUUGGAGCGACGGACAUUGUCCGGCGGCGAGGAGGUACGAGAGUGCUAAGCUUUUCUAGUAGCAUGGAAAGUGAUGCUAUUGCUGAAGGUUUCAAAUGCAGCAUUGAAAUGCAUGGCUUAAUAUAUAGAACGGUUGUUGCCGAUGGUGACAGCAACGUCUAUCAUACUAUUGUGAACGAUCUGAUGAAAGGGCCCGUAUGGGAUUAG